AUGCAGUCUCGUCGCUUGGCAUUUGUCGCCGAAUGGUAUCAGGAAGAGGCUGCCAUAAAUAAAACCUUCACACUAUGGUAUUAUGUCGAUGGCAAUGCAUUGGAAGUGUAUGACCCAAAGACAAAGAAAAUGUUUUUACGUCGAACCAAAAUGCCUGAACUAACAGAGAAAGACUUCUUUGUUGGCUCGAAAAUUAAUAUAUUCGGACGACAAUUUGAUAUUGUGGAUUAUGCGGAUGAGGCUACGAAAAAUAUUUUGGCCAAAUAUCGUAAAAGAACUUUUAUCAUACUCAAGAAUAGUGUGGUGCAACAUUUGGGCAGAAUAUUGUGUUCAUUAAUUGAAAGUGAUUUCAAUAUUAGUAAGGCCAUGAUGGUACAAUUUACAGCGGAUCAGAUCAAGGCAUUCUUGAAGGGCAAGGAUGAUGUGCAGUCGUCUAUCCUCAUGAGCCAAUUAUUGUCUGGUCCCGCCAUAGGCCUGGAAUUAAUUGCCGACAAUGCUGUGGAGAAAAUAAAAAAUUGCCAACAACAGACUAGGGAAUGCAUGAACGAAAAUAUACCACGUUCAUUACGCUCGCUAUUCGAUAGAGAGGAUAUGCGUAAUGGAAUAUAUUGUUCUCAAUCCGAUGAAGAAGUUGUUCGGGAUACACAUUUCUUUUUCGAAAACGAUUUCGAUCUACAGAAUACAGUACAAUUGAAUAAUUCCACAUUGUGUAUUAUAAAACCUCAUGCCAUUAAGGAAGGAAAUUUGGGUAAAAUUAUUACGGAAAUGACUGCGAAUAAUUUUAAAAUAACUGCACUGAAAAUGCAUCUUUUGGAACGGGUAAAUUGUGCGGAAUUUUAUGAAGUCUAUAGAGGUGUUUUGCCGGAUUAUAUUCCAAUGGUAUCUCAAUUGGCAAGUGGAACUUGUGUGGCAUUAGAGAUUAUGUGUAAUGAUACCAGCAAAUGCAGUUAUGAAGAAUUUCGUAAAUUUUGUGGACCAAUGGAUCCGGAAAUUGCCAAGUUACUCAGACCUCAUACACUUCGAGCGAAAUUUGGUUCCAGUAAAACUUUAAAUGCCGUGCACUGUACCGAUUUACCAGACGAUACAGUUUUGGAGCUGCAAUAUCUUUUUAAAAUACUUAGCUAAAU